CUUACACAAAUGGAGACCCCUCCCACAAUCGUCCAAAGCCGAUGAAGAAACAUGCUGACCACAGACUGGGGAUCCUGGUUGUUCCUCAACCGGGCAAAACCUGGGGACCGAUGUUUUUGUCUCGGAUUAGAAGAAGAAGCUUUAUUACAGCCUAAAGUUCCUGUGGAAUGAAUGCUUCAUCAUACCUGGGUCUGUCCAGCAUGACUGAUGAACCGUGGCGUCUCUUUUAGAGGCUCAUUACCUAUACCGUCAUGCCUGAGAGAGGAGCGGAAGCAGUGGAGAGACAGUCUGACUGUGAUAGCUCAGAGCAGAAACACAGUAGUUUGGAAGGAACUGGAGACAGUAAGGCACACCAUCUCAUCCAUUUGGUUUUUCAUAAUGAACUUUAUGGUCAUAACAGACUAAAUAAGUACAAAAUAAAUUCACCGUUCCGUCUUGCAAAUAAAGAAGUCAGAGGUCUCUGAGUGAGCCUGUCCAACGUACCAUCACAGCUUUGACUGCUGAAAUAGGAACACUGAAAGAGUCAACAUCUCCGCCUGGCCAUGGAAACUCUUCUAAUCGGUUGCAUUUAUUUGGCUAUUUUUACCGUCUGUCCUACUUUUGCUCCACUCCCAGUCUGAAGUAUGUGCAUCAUUACACAAACAGCCCCGCUCUAACACUUCUGAAAUGCGGUGAGUUGUAUGACCGCGGCGCUAGUUUGCCAGGUUGCUGACCUUUGUGUGAACUCAGUUUUAUUGAUGUUCCCCCUGCUGCAGAGUUUCCUCCAGGGGUGAAUCUCUAAACAGCUUCCCCCUCCACUUCAAAAGCCGAGUAUGUAGGCCUGCUUUGCAUAAUCAGGUGGAGAACAGCUUUUUGCCAGAGAGGCAGGAAUUAAUUUGUGCCACAGCCAGAUGUAAUCAUUAACACACCAGUCAUUGACAAUAAGGAAGCAGGGGGGAGGAGGGAGGAGGUGCAGUCGAUGUAAGGGUGCAAACACAACCAGAAAGUGAGAAAUCAGUUAAAUUCAGACUGGUAGUUGGUAUUCUACAACACUCUUAGUAGUACUUUGUACUAAGAACAUGAACAAGAACAGUACUGAACUUAUGGGUUUUCUGUUCCGAGUUUCCAUGUUCUACUUUGUUCAAAAACAUGCAGAUGUGGAUUAAACCGUUCACUCCAUAUAUAUUUGAAGUAAACAGUUUAGUUUCCAUAUUCUACUGUAUGUAAUAUAUACAGUAUAUAAUAUAUGUAUGUAUUUAUAUAUUUGCACACAUACUGUAUAUAUACAUAAUACAUAUAUUAUACAUGUAAUAAAUGUAUUACACACAGUAGAACAUGGAAACUAAACUAAAGGACAUUGUGAUGUACUUUAUGUCAUCUUAAGGGUAUUAAUUCAACACCCUUUGAUAACUGUAAGCUCAUCGACAGCACUUUUUUCUUUGAGCCAGUGCAUAUUUCUGGAUUUAGUACAACCCUAAUGUACGUGUUGUCUUUAAAUGAUCACCACACACAUCACUCUUUUCUGUUAACUGCAAAAAAGAAAAGAGAGUGUUGGCCAAGAGCAGCUCUCAGUGUAACUAAGUAAUGAUGAAUUAUUGAUGUCUUGGGCUGAUUUAUCAAAUACAGUUCACUGAUACAGAGUAUUUACAGCAGAUGUACAUGACAGUGAAAUAACUAAUUAAACAAAUUAGUUUUAUGUUUGUCAUUAAUAUCCACUCAGAUUCACAUUUACUACAUUUUACUACUGUGGUUAAUGAAAACGGGUUUAUGUGACAGUGUAUCAUAAAGCAAGUGGUUCUCUGUUGUGUACUUUAACGUACAGGUUAGAUUAAAAGACAUGAAGUACAUCUUCAGAUUUAUAUACUAUUAAGGUAAAAAUGCUGCGAAUAUUUUUCUUGAAGGGAACAAACUAAUAACUACAACACUACUGAUUACUCAGAGCUGCACCGACAACCCAAACAAAACCCAAGCUCGAAAUCAACCAAACUUGCUGGUCCUACGCUGUGAUUGGUCAGCACUUUGACCAAUGCCUGGGUCUGCGUAGAUGUCGUCAUCGGGUGAAGUUGCGCGCAUCCUUUACGGUCGGCGCCAACAACAGCUACUACACACUUGUCGCUAGCAUUAGCAUCUGAAAAUUUAACCCAGUCGUCAGUCGUAUGGGAUUUUGCGGUCACCCAUGUUUUUUUUAACAAUGUUUCUGUUUUUUCGGGAAACACUGGCUCGUCUCCACUUGGUGGCGCUGGGUUUAAGACGAAUUAUCAACAGAGAGGCCCGGGAACUAUACUUCAAGUUACUACCUGGAACUUCAGCCGGAAGUGAAGAAAUGAAUGGACACCGCGGUUUAAAGGUUUUGCAGCGACACCAACCGUCAGCAGUUAAUCUAAAGCUCUCACUCUGGAACUUGGCUCCGGAACUCUUUCACUGUCGGUCACCUGUCCGGUCACGGCUGUUUGGUUCUCCCGCCGGUCUCUUCCUGUUCUCACAUGGAGAGGGACUGGAUUCCUGGCUAACUCAAGGAAGACGUUUCCUUAAACGACCCCCCAGUCUGGAUACUUUGUCUGGAGAUUGUCUUACAUGAAACCUCCUUUACUGCAGGUUUCUAGGAUCCGUGCCGGAGUCUGUGCUGCGCUGUAGUUCGGAGCGCACCUGUGUGUGUGACUCAAUGAUGCCCCCCGGUGGUACAACUUGUCUGUUACUGUUCCUAUUGAGAGGUAUCCUGUCAGACCCGGGGAACCAGGUGGUUCUGAUGGACACCACUGCCGUCUCGGGAGAACUGGACUGGAAGACUUAUCCUGUCAACGGGUGGGACGCUAUCACAGAGAUGGAUGAGCACAACAGACCCAUCCACACCUUCCAGGUUUGUCACGUCAUGGAGCCCAACCAGAACAACUGGCUACGGUCUGGGUGGAUCCAGCGUCAGGCAGCUCAGAGGGUGUACGUGGAGCUGCGGUUCACCCUCAGAGACUGUAACUCCAUUCCCUGGGUGUCUGGAACCUGCAAAGAAACCUUCAACCUCUUCUACCUGCAGACGGACGGGCCUCUUCCCGCUGCCACGCGGUUUCGGCCCAACGACUACGCCAAGGUGGACACCAUCGCCGCAGACGAGAGUUUCACUCAGACCGAUCUCGGAGAUCGCGUUCUUCGCCUCAACACAGAGGUCAGGGAGGUCGGCCCAGUGACCCACAAGGGCUUCUACCUGGCGUUCCAGGAUGUUGGAGCGUGUAUUGCCCUGGUGUCUGUGAAGGUCUUCUACAAGCGUUGCCCGUUGACCCUGAGGAACCUCGCCUCGUUCCCUGACACCGUGCCCCACAUGGACUCGUCGUCGCUGGUGGAAGUCAGAGGAGACUGUGUGGAGAACGCAGAGGAACGAGACACACCCAAACUGUACUGUGGUGCCGACGGAGACUGGCUGGUUCCACUGGGCCACUGCGUCUGUACCGUGGGCCACGAAGAGACGGACGGCUACUGUCAGGCUUGCAGACCUGGCUUCUUCAAAGCGUAUGCUGAGAAUACCAAGUGCUCCAAGUGUCCGUUACAGAGCUCCAGCCACGACCAGGCCGCCACCAUCUGUCACUGUGAUAAAGGCUUCUACAGGGCUGUUAAAGACCCCCCCACCCUGGCCUGCACAAGACCUCCGUCAGCUCCUAGGAACCUGAUGUCCCUCCUCAACGACACGGCCCUCUUCCUGCAGUGGACACCUCCCGGUGAUACCGGAGGACGGAGGGACGUCUCCUACAACAUCCUGUGUAUGCGCUGUGAUGGAAGUGACGCCGGUGGCGUGGUGCAGUGUGAGCCGUGCGAGCAGGACUUGAGGUUCAUCCCCCGGCACCGGGGCCUCACCGGGACCUCGGUGGUGAUACUGGAUUUUGCUAUGAACGCCAACUACACCUUCCAUGUGGAGGCCAUAAACGGUGUAUCUGGGCUGGGUGUUGCUGCACGCUCCCUGACCAACAUUACUGUCAACACACGCCAAGUCGGUCCUGCUUUGGUGGAUUUUGUUGGAAAAGACUGGGCAUCCCAAAACAGCAUCGCCCUCUCCUGGUCGACAGUGGAACAGGUGUCGUUAGACAUACUGGAUUAUGAAAUCAAAUACUAUGAGAAGAGGCAGAAACAUCUGAGGUACUCGUCUACACGCACCAAAAGCCCCAGCAUGGUGGUGACCGGCCUCAAACCCUCCACCAUCUACGUCUUCCAUGUCCGUGCCCGCACCGCAGCUGGCUACACCGCCUACAGCCCCACUUUUGAGUUUGUGACUGCGGCAGAAGACCCAGAUGUUGCUGACCAGAGCCAGGUCCUGGUGGUGGUCACAGCCUCAGUCGGAGGAUUCUCCCUGUUGGUCAUUCUGAGUCUCUUCCUCCUCAUUACUGGACGGUGUCAGGGGUACAUCAAAGCCAGGAUGAAGUCAGAGGAGAAGAGGACUCGGUACCACAGUGGACAUGUCCCAUUUUCUGGGAUUAAAACCUACGUGGACCCGGACACGUACGAAGACCCCUGUCAGGCUGUGGAGGAGUUCGCCACAGAGAUUGACCCCUCCUACAUCUUCAUUGACAGGGUAAUUGGUUCAGGUGAGUAUGGAGAAGUGUGCCGGGGACGACUGCGUGGACCAGGAAGGAUGGACAUCAUUGUGGCAAUAAAGACCCUUAAAGGAGGCUGCACAGAACAGCAGAGACGGGACUUCCUGCGUGAGGCCUCAAUCAUUGGACAGUUUAGUAACCCCAACAUCAUCAGACUGGAGGGAGUGGUCACUAAAAGCAGACCAGUGAUGAUAGUUGUGGAACACAUGGGGAACGGAGCUCUGGACGCUUUCCUCCGGUCAUGUGAUGGCCAGUUUCAGGUGCUCCAGCUGGUGGGCAUGCUUCGUGGCGUCGCUGCUGCCAUGGACUACCUGUCAGACGUGGGUUAUGUUCACAGAGACCUGGCCGCUCGCAACAUCUUGGUGGAUGAAAACCUUGAAUGUAAAGUGUCCAACUUUGGAAUGUCCAGGGUCCUUGAAGACGACGUCGAGGCGGUCUAUGAUGCUGCGGUGAGUCGGGGUCUGACGGCUGGAGUUAAUGUGGUGAAACCUGAACGUGUCAUUAAGAUAGCUGUGUUUCAGGGAGGAAAAAUAGCCAUUCGCUGGACAGCGCCAGAAGCUAUUACUUAUGGGAAGUUUUCUUCAGCUAGCGACAUCUGGAGCUACGGAGUCGUUAUGUGGGAAGUGAUGUCAUAUGGAGAGAGGCCUUACUGGGAGAUGUCUAAUCAAGAUGUCAUUCUGUCCAUUGAGGAGGGCUAUCGUCUCCCAGCACCGAUUGGCUGCCCCCUGUCAUUUCAUCAACUGAUGCUGCACUGCUGGCAAAAAGAGCCGAGUCAGCGUCCACUCUUCACUGAUGUGCUGACAUUCUGGGAUAAAUUCACACUCAACCCCAGUAGUUUCCUGUCCUCAGUCAACGAUCUGACUGGUUUCCCCGACUCCCCCGACAGCCUUCCGGACUAUCCCUUCUUCAUCUCCAUUGGUGACUGGCUGGACUCCAUCAAAAUGAACCAGUACCAGAACAACUUUGUUGCAGGAGGAUACACAACCAUGAGUGCUGUUUCAACCAUGAGUAUAGAGGACGUCAAACGUAUUGGUAUCAGUUUGAUUGGUCACCAGAGGAGAAUCAUCAGCAGCAUUCAGUCACUGCGUCUACAGUUUCAUCACAUUCAGCAGAGUGGCUUUCAGGUGUGAGACACAGGAGAAAGAACUGACUUCAGUCCAGACUGUAGUGGAGAACAUUCUAACACCAGGCCACGGGUGGUGAUGUAAAAAAACACACACACACACACACACACACACACACUCAUUAUGAAGUAGCUCAUCAUUGGUACAACACACACAACAAGUAACCUCUGUGUCUGCAUCACUGAGGUCUGGUUCUUAUCUCAGCAAAUACGAGGGUCAGUCAAAAAGUCCUGAGACAAAUGUUUAUCAUUGAAUCUUUGUCCAGUGUUGAGCCGUGUGCCCUUUGACCUUUGAUUUGGUCAGACUUUUAUUUAAACCUGAUUUGAUUUUCAGACUUUAGAUUUUUAACCAAACUUGAACAGAAACCUGUGUCAUCAACGGGUUCUGACCCAGAACCACAUGAUUUCUACUUUUUUCCAGAAACUGAAAAAACAUUUGAAGGAACUGGACAGUACUGUAGUCUUCAUGUUCUAGUCUCACAACAUUCUCCAAGGUUGAUUUUAAAAUUCUAGUGAAAAUGUUCUCCUCUGGGUUCUGGAGGCCAGAAAGCAGCUGCUUCGAUGCCAGAAGAAGUAUUAUUAUUAUUAUCACUACUAUUAUUAUUAUUAUUAUUAUCCAUAAAACAUCACCAACCAUUUCUGUCCAACAGCAGUCCAAACCCUAACUUUAAAUAAUCAUCGUCAUAUUUACUGUGGUAGUAUUUUUUUUCCCCACUCUUUUUUGUCUCUCCUGAAGUACUGUGGCUCCCCCCAGAGGACGCACACCUGUGAAAGCUACUGUCUUAGAUCUUUUUGACUUACCCCCGUCCAAGCCUUCACUUGAAUCAAGGACUCUACUCUUUUGUAUGUCGAAGUGUUCACCAAUACCUCUUCUCUAAGUGACAAUCCAGUGGUUUGUGUUGACUCUGAGGGUCUGCAGUCUGUUACCUCAUGACCAGAGAAGAUGUGGAUGUGGUGACACGUGGUCCAACCUGGGGAUCUGAUGUCGGUCCAGUUUGUUUGUGAAUCCAAAAAAAAAAAGAGUCUGUGUAAUAGUACAAUCAUGUUUUUGGACUAAAGACGGCUGAAUGUGAACAGUUUUUAUAGACACUGGUGUGGUCUUCAUGAUACUGCAGUACCUGUUAUAUAUACUGUACAUACACAUAAAAAAGUUAUGUGAAAGUUGAGUGGGUUUUUUUUCUGUAUAUUUAUUCCUUAAUAAAUUAGCCUAUUUUAAAAUGUUGUUUUGGCUCUCACCAUAAACACCUGCUCAUCAACACAGGUAUCCAUGGACGCACACUCAAACACACACACUGACACAAUGCUCCUCUUAAUUGACCCUCGAGAGACUUGACACGU